AUGUAUACGUCCGUUAACAUUGGUCGUCCGAGCAGUCGAUAUAGACUUGGCCUUGCUGCCACCAUCCUGUUCCUCAUCUCCAUCCUGCUGUAUACACUUUCUUUUCCUUCCACGCACCAUCUCCCUGAACAUGUCCCUUCUACUACCGACUCGCAUGCGUCUUCUGAAUCAACGACAUCUGGUUCCCGCCUCUCCGAUGCGAUUGCCGAAUUCCGCAAUCAACGAGUGGCCUGCAAAGGACCCAGAGGGAAGCUCAUGUCGGAGAGCUACGACGAUCAGAUCCACCCGACGCAUUACAGGAACCUGACCUACCCUCCUCCUCUGAGUGGCUCGUACGAAGCACUUGAUCUGGAUACGUCCUGGCUCACGGCCGCCGAAAGAUACGGCCCGUAUGGUCUGGGAGAAGAGGAGGAAAGCUACACAAGAAGUCGAGUCGACUGGUCCAACGUCAACUGGGCAGACCUGCAGAAUGCCUGUGUCGAGUCCAACCGAGAACGACUUCCGAGUGCCUACACCUUCAAUCAUGGCCGCCCGCGCUUCACGUAUCGCGACAGAUCAUGGAAGGAGAAGUGGCUGCCUUCUUCUCUCACCACUCCGACCAUCGACUCGAGACCUGCCACUGACUUGUACCACCGUUCGGCCAUUGUCAUCCGAGUAUGGUCCACCUACAAGUACACGCCCGAAGACAUGUGGAACUUGAGAUCGUUGGUCGCAGAGACCACCCUUGCGACGGGUGGAGAAUAUGCCGUCUUCCUUCUGGUAGAUGUCAAAGAUAAGGAGGCGGGAAUACACAAGAGCGCAGAAGUAUACGACCGCGUCCUCUGCGAGGCAGUUCCGCCCGAGCUCCAGGACAUCGCCGUACUUUUCGACGAUUCUUUGCUCGAGAGCUGGUAUCCUGAUGUUGUGGAGCACCUGCCCAUCAUGCAAAUCAUGCAGCCCCUGCAGAUCUUUGCUCAAUUCUAUCCAGAGUUCGAUCACUACUGGCAGCUGGAAGUCGACUCGCGCUUCUUGGGACACACUGGCAAUAUGCUCGACAAGUUCGCCGACUUUGCCCGGAAGGAGCCACGCAAGCAAGCGAGAGAAAGAGCAUCUUGGGCAUACAUGGCUGACUACCAUGGCUCAUAUGACGACUUCUUCAGCACUAUUGAUAACGUGCUUGAUGGCGACAGUUCAGUCUGGGCAUCUGUCGACAUCCACGACAUUGAUCCCAUCGGUCCGCUGCCACCAGUCGAGGACCCGCGCGAAGACCAUUUCACCUGGGGUGUGGGCGAAGAGGCCGACCUCAUCCUCCUCAAUACCCUGGAAGACGCAUCACGAGAUGAAGACUGGCUGUUCAAAGGCUGGCAUCACGGUUUCUCCAUGGCCGACAAGUUACCAGUAUUCGUCUCAGUCGUCGCUCAAGGUCGCGCAAGCUGGAAUCUUCUAAACGCAAUCCACCACGCCCAAGCACACACGGGCAUGCGCAUACCCUCCGAAGCCACACUCCCCAGUUUCGCCCUCUGGCACGGUCUAAAAAUCAGCGGCAUCCCUCUCCCCGUCUACCAAUGGCCGGGCCGCGACCGCCGAGAAAUGGAAUUCGCCCUCAACGGCGGCGACCUGACCACUUUCCCCGACGCCAUUGCUAAUGGUCCUGCGCGAUACCGAGGAAGUUCCAUGGGCUUCUUUACCAAUGGUAUGAGUUGGCAAUGGUGGACUACUCUGCCUGAAGAUCUUGCAAAUCCAUGGUAUAUCAAUGAAGUUGAUAAUCCGAUACUGCCGGACAUGCUGUUGAAGGAGGGGGGAAACUUGUAUGCGCCGAAUAUUAUGAUUCAUCCGAGGAAGACUAAUGGGAAGAAACCCAAGCAUCCUGGACAGGAAGUUCCGGAUGAAGAUGUUGAGUGA